AUGGAUCUGACGAGCACCGCUGGUGUCUCCUGCCGAGUGUGGCUUCCCGACUCAGUGUUGGCUGCCGGGGCGAAGCUGAAAGAAGCGUUGGAGGGCAUAGGCAGUGCCAACAUCGAGCACCUUCGGAGGAAGCACAUCGGCGCCAAAUUCAGCGUGAAAGGUCAACCUUCCACAGAACCCGCACCAUGGCGACGACUCCACGUGGUUGUGACGUGUCCCACUGCACAAAUGCUUGCGAAGGCCCAAGCUGAUGUGGUGGAUCUUUGCGAAACGGCUUGUGAUGUCGCUGCAGAUAUCUUGGGACUAACGGAUGACCAGGUGCAGGAUGCUUUCGAAAAGAUUCGAGUGGAAAGGCAAGAGUCCACGAGGAUAGAAGGACCUUUGCAAUUCCCCUUGCCAAUGCCAGCGCUCGUCAACACAGCGGCCUUGGACACGAGUUCUAUCUGGCAGCGUGAUGAGUCACCCAACCCCAAACAGGCCUCGCCAACCUUGUGGUCGCCUUCCGAAGCCGAUGCAGCACCUUUGCUUGCGCAGCAGGGGCUUGGCACUACUCCAAAAAGUGCGACACCAGCGGUCAUGCCUCCUCGCCCGAAAGUUCGUGGCAUCCCUGCAGCUUUUGCAGGGCGGCUACCUCGCACUGUGGAGCCCAUGUCGCUCCCGACGCCAACGGCGAUGAUGCAAGGUCUGCAAAUGGCGCCUCCGACGCCGCUGCCCGCCCGUCCUCCAAUAGCGAUGAAUGCACCGCUCACACCAGUGCCAUUGAUUCCGACACCUCCAGCAUCGGCAAUUCUCACCCCGCCUGCAUCGGAGCUACCUGGCGGUCCUCACAUGCUCGAUGCACACCUCGAGGUGGCGAGGUUGGCCCAGGCAUGGCUCGAGCGAGGCCGCAAAGACGAGACCGGGAGGCCCAAGAAACGGGCCCGGACCAGAUUGGAGUCUGAUCCUUACUUGCUUCGCGCACACACAGAGGAUCCAUAUUUGACGAUGCUGAAAGAGGCAGAAGCGGAAGAUGGCAUGACACUGCCAGAGGACAGCCCCAUGCCCCCGCCCAACAGCAUUGUGGCCCACAAGCGCAAGGCGAAGAUGCAGGCAAUUCCUGGUUCAGGCCCAAUAAAGGUGGGGCAAGAGGCCCAGCAGGUGGACGAAGAGUCCAAGUCAAAUUCCUCAACAUCGGAGUCGGACUCCGACUCAGAAGGAGAGGAGUCGGAGGAACCUGACGAUGAUGAGGUUGAGGAACUGGACGAUGCUGCCGUUCCUUCAGCAUCAAGUGCGGCAGGAGUUGAGGUACAUCUGGGUUCUGAGCCACGGUUGCAGCUGUACAAGCUUGGAGCCAAGUGUUGCGACGUCCUCGCACAUUUCGUGGGUGGCAACGAAAAUUCACUUCCAGAAAGUCACCGGCUGGACAUCGAUCAGCGGGUGCGCCUCGAACACUGUCGGAGGCACCUGCAGUGGGCGGAUGACCUCACCACAGUCUGGCAUUUCUCCUUAUCAGAAGGUCGCGAGCAGGAUGCCUGGGCUGCUCUUCGUAACUAUUUCGUCUCCCGCAAGCGCGUGGGGCUGGCGGAGCUGCCUCGGAGCGUGGUGUACAUCGUGCCUCCAGACCAAGAGUUCCUUUCAGAGCUGGGUCUCCCUGCCGCGGCGGAGAGCUUGGCUGGAAGCUUGCUGGGUCUCCAGGUCCCCCUGUACCAGUCCGAGGGCAACCCUCAAGAUCGAGAUCCUGAGCCUGUCCCGACAAAGCCGCCUCCCGAGCCACCAACAGCGAUGCAAGCAGCACCGGAAGUGGCGGGAGAGCCGGAAGCAUCGGUACCGCCGGCACAGGCUUCCCAAGGCCUUCCUGCAGAGCCUUCGCUUGAGCUCCAGACUGAAGCAAGAGCACGGCAAGGAAAUGUGGAAGGCAUGCCUGCCGAAGCACCUUCAAAGUCUCUGCCUGAUCAGCGAAGCGACCUCCAAGCGCCGUUGGACGACUUGGUCGAGAGGCUUGAGGAGAGAAGUAGACAGGUGGUACAGGAUGGGCAAGCUGGAGGCAUCCCCGAAACAUGCGACGCGACCUCACAAGCGCAGAUAGGAGAAAAGCAGGACGCUGUGAUCGAAGCGGCUGGUCUUCCUGAAGGUGCUGGCGAUGAGACUCCUGCUGAGCUUGCCAUGCAGGCAGCGGUCGUCAGCCGGACCACAACGGACACAUGCUCGAAAGCGGAGCCAAUCCUGGAUUCUUCAGAGAAGACUGAAGACGGCGAAGCAAACGGCAGCCAGCAUCCCGACGAUUCCAGUGUUGGCGCCGUCCCGCUUGAAGAAGACUUGUCCCGGUAG